CUCACAAGUAAGUCUCUUCUUGCGCUCCAUAUGUGACCGAGUCCCUCUCUCCAGUGACCGUGUGUCUGAGUGUUCUCUGGAACUGUAUAUGAAUGAAAAGAUCCGAUCCAGGGAAGCCCGGAAGUAUUAUAGGAAUAGCAUUUCCUUCGGAUUUGCUCCAAGUUUUAAGAGGGCUGUCAGUAAAUCGCACGUCGACAGUUUUAAUUUUAAUUUUGUAAAAGAAACCAACCUCGGUUUAAGCCGGUACCUCCUUCAUUAAGUGAUUAAUUUGCAGAGAUUUCAAGGGGCACUGCGUUCUGGCUGUUAUUUUAGAAGGAGAGUGAAGGGAGGAACGGAAAGAAAGAUAAGAUGAUAUACAUCGAUGGAAUGAUUGCUCCCUGUUUUAAGCUGGUCUGGGGGUCUAUACAGCCCUUCUCAGGGAUAGCGCAAGCAAAAGUGAAGGGGAUGUUUUGCAAAAUACCUCAACCUUGGUUCUUUCUCUUUGAAAACAUUGUUUAAAUAGUCUCCCCCCUCCACGUGGUUGAUGAUGUAGAAUUUAUUUGUUACAAUAAGAGAAUAAAGACACAGACAGAAAAAGGGAGAUCUGUUUAAGUAAACUGUAAAAUAGAUGUACUAUAAUAAUGAUGAUAUUCACAAGUUCAUGUUGGGAAAAUGGUAUGGAUUUUAAGCAAGCGGGUUACUGACUAAAUGCUGGCCAGGGCGCUUCAGGGAUUCAUUACGCUGGUAAGCUUUAUGACACUUUGGGAUUAGCCUAGUUGGAGGAAGAAUAUAUCUUUAUCAGAUAAAACAUUUUAUGAAAACAUAGUUGAAACUAGUAGUAAGGAUGAUCGUAUACAAUUACAUGAUAACCCUGACUGAAAUAUUUAAUUUCGCUGGCUUUUAUUACAAAAAGAAUUUAACAAAAGAGGCAAAUCAACAAUGGGGUGGUGGUGAGUGUGUUGAUUUGCCACCUUUAUAUGCAAUGCCUGCCUGUGUCCUUAACAUUCUCCUAUCUAAAUAGAGAUGCAAUGCAUGUAUUGCUCCCCCUCCCCCCGGAACUAUGAUUAGUAUCAUCUAUACAUGGAAAAACAACAAUACGAAAUGGUUUUGUUUAUUUUCUUUCUCCUCUUUCCCCCCACUGCAACAGGUUCGGGACAAUGGAAGGGCUUCUACAAGAGUAGUAUGAAUUCCUCGGGAGCGAGUCAGAGGGAUCAGAACGCUACAGUGACGCUGCCUUUGUUACCCACCCUCUGUACACGAAAGCAAAAUGUUAUUACGUUGUCUAUAUAUACCCUGUAGAACCGAAUUUGUGUGGUGUUUACAUAGUCACAGAUUCGAUUCUAGGGGAAUAUAUGGUCGAUGCAAAAACUUCACCUUUCUGCAAAUGGUUAUAAGUUAUAAACAUAGAAGAUGCUCAAAGACAAAUGCAUGUUGGAUGCUAUUGCCUCACUCUGGUAUACUAGGACAUUAAAAAAAUAGUUCUAUAUUUGUUGCUUUAAAAAAAAUUACGGUUAUUUAUAUCUCACCAAAAUCCUGUUCGUAUUAACAUAAUUAGUUUGCAAAGAAUUUGUGAAAAUGCUAAUUGGCCAGUUAAUAUGUGCUUGCAGAUAAUAACAAAGGGUGGCUAAAGUAACUUUGAUAAUACCGAUUUCUGUGUUCGUUCCCAUGCCCCAAUUUUCUCCAGAUUUUUAUGUUAACGUUGGACGCCAAUAGAAACAGUCGCCUCGUUUUCUUGUACUCUGAAAAAAGGCUAUGGACAAUUUGAAUAUUGGAAUUAUCUUAUUAAAGUUUUUUUUUUUAAAAAAGCAGCCAUUUUUUUAAAAAGCCAUUUUUUAAAAAAUCUUUUUUUAGGUUGAACUUUAGAGAUCUCAGGCUAGUUUGUUAUCUGUAUGGAGUUUACAAAAAAACAGAUUGUUUCGACACUUGCAAUGUAAAUUCGAAGCUAGUUACUUAUUGCCUAAUUUUGUUCUGUCCAGCUAGAUGCUGGUAACUUUUGGUUGACCCCUGCCAAACAAAGGCAGAGGGGAUCCAUUAUACAUCAUAUUGCCCUCUUCUUUGAUGUCUUCUUCUGAUUUUCCUUUCCUUUCCCUGGUUUUCGGCGCUUCCUUCGCUCCCCUUGCCUAAAUUUAACUCUUUGGCUCUUGAUUGCUUGAAAUGUAACCAACUAAUGUUUUCAUAUGAUCCCCGAAAUUGUAAACUAAAGGGCAUCAAAGGUUAAGAAAGUCAGAUGAGACAAAAGGCUUUGAUUUACCUGGGGGAGGGGGGGGAAGAGGGCAGAUGGGGUUGGGGCGUGGGUGUCAGGGAAACGGCCAUCUAUUGAUGAAUCGUGUUUUAUGGCAUUCAUAUCUCCUUUUGGAGGGAGGGGGGGGGGAAACCACGCGAAUCAUCAGACAGCAUGUGGGUCCACUUGAUUACCCGUAUAUUAUUUAGUGAAAUUUGUGGGAAUUAUGAGGUGCACACACAAAUCCGGUGAUAAACCUCUCUGCCUCCCGAUUGGCUGAGAAGGUCACAUGGGCGCCUAACUUUAUUCAGUUGACAGCAAGUAGGAGGGCUCUCUGGAAGGAGAAAAAAAGACAACACGAGAAAAAUUAGUAUUUUCUACCUUCCGAAAUUAAUGGCCAUGAGUUCGUAUAUGGUGAACUCUAAGUAUGUGGACCCCAAAUUCCCCCCUUGCGAGGAAUAUCUGCAGAACAGCUACCUUGCUGAGCAAAGCUCAGACUAUUACGGUGCCUCGCAAGGCUCUGACUUCCAGCACCAGGGAAUCUAUCCACGGUCAAACUACAGCGAGCAGCCCUACGGUUGUAGCAAUGCCCAGGGCUCGGCAGUGCAGCCGCGGGGUCACGGGCAGGAGCAAUCCGGCCCAGCGAGCCACUUCCCCGGGCAGGCUGAGCACUGUCCCCCGCCUCCAAUGCCCGCCACGAGGACCUGCAACCAGCAGCCCAGCCUCAAAAGCCCCAACGGGUCAUCGCCACCAACAGCAGCGGGAGCAAUGAAGCAGCCAGCGGUGGUUUAUCCUUGGAUGAAGAAAGUCCACGUUAACUCAGUGAAUCCUAAUUACACCGGAGGAGAACCGAAGCGCUCCAGGACAGCCUACACGAGGCAGCAAGUCCUGGAACUGGAGAAGGAAUUCCACUUCAACCGGUACCUGACUCGGCGCCGGCGGAUCGAAAUUGCCCACACGUUGUGUCUCUCCGAACGCCAGAUCAAGAUCUGGUUCCAGAACAGGAGGAUGAAGUGGAAAAAAGACCACAAACUGCCCAACACCAAGGGCCGGUCCUCUAGCGCUUCCUCGGCCCCCAGCCAACACUCACAGACUGUCUCCAAGGAGCAUCAGACUGACUUGACAACUUUGUAGGGAACUUGGAAGAUGGUCCGUUUCAGACCCGGUUGAUUCGGAACUGAACUGUCCAGGAUACACAAACAAACAAACAAAUAUACGAACAAGCACCCAAACAAACGCACAUGCCGGCUAAGCAGAAACCUGCAAGUAGCAGCCAACAACUCCAAAAUUGUCCUCAUCCUGCUUUAAGGUACUGAAGACAAACCCAACGAUAUUAUGGACUUCGCAGGAAUAAUGCAAAACAGCACAACCAUUCACACUCAAACAAACUCUGCAUCCAGGUGGUGAGAAAGUGAUAAUUAUAAAUAGAUAUAUAUAUAUAUAUACAGAAAGAGAGAGAAAGAUAGAUAAAAAUAUUUUUAAAAUAAAACUCCUCUGCCGACACACAGCUAUUGCACCAUUACAAACGAACCGUAUUUCGUCUGGGAUCUCCAAGGAGAGAGGUUUUUUUGGGUGGUGGUGGAAUUGAUUCUCUUAAUUUCGUUAUUUCUUCCUUCCCACCCCCCAAUGCCAUUCCGGGUUGUGCAUUUGGGUAAAUCCUAAACUGAAGCCUCUGAAAACCUGUGAACUCUUCCCCUCCUCCCCGCUCAUCUUCGCUGAGUUACCAUUAAUUUUUUGUUUGUUUGUUUCUUAAGGGGAGGGGGAAGCGUUUCCAUUCUUCUAACUUUUCAGAAAUAUUUAAUACAAAUAUGAUGUGAAACGGGUUAUUUUAUUGUUAUUUUUUGUACUGUAUUAGCGUAUUUAUUUAUUUCUUGUUUAGGAAAAAGUAAAAGUUAGAGAGACAAACCAAAAAGAGAAAGAGAGAGAGAGAACGCAAGCCUGUACUUUCCCCGCCUUUCAAUGUUAUCCAGUGUUUUUUAUCUCCCAUAAAAAUAGAGAUCUUUCUCUCCCCCACCCCACUCCCUGGCCCCGUUGUUGUUGUUUUUAAAAAUUCUUCUGUAUAUAGGCAAAUGUUUUAUAGCUUUUAGAGACGAGGAGCAAAGCAUUAUUAUCGUUUUUAAAUGAAAUGGAUUAAAAACGUUUCCUUUUGUUCACGCGUUAUACUUUGAGCCAAGGCGGGGUUGGAGGGAGGGGGGUUGUGUGGGAGGAGGGACAGGGCAAAUUAUACACAAAAGGAAAGCAAAAAGGGGGAAAAUGAAGUGAAUAUUCCAAGGGAUUUGUGAUAUGGGGGGAAAACAAAGAAACUAGGUGGCAUGGUGCUUACUAUUACUAUAAUGUUUUGAAUUAAACCAUCGUGUUGGUUUUUCAAAGCAAAAUAGACAAAACAAAAGCACAGGAAUGAACUGCAUGUUUCGGAUGGAAAUGCUUGUGUUUCUUUUUUACUCACACCCAAAUGGGAAAUAUUGGAUCUGUUUUAAUAUAAUUUCAGAGGAAGCGGGUAGGCUUAUUGAGGGAAGAAUAUGCUUUAAUAUCAUACUUCGGCAUGCAUCCAUGCCUUUUAUACUAUUGCGUAGAUCAACCCAGAUUUGGCUGAAAGUAUCUGAACCAAUGCAAACCUUACAUAAACGAUGCUAAAACCGCCGUCCCUUCCAAUUACAACUUUGGAUAGGAACGAAGUAAAUAUAACACGCCCCCCCCCAAUCAGUAGUCUAAGUUUCGGACAAUUGGGAAAAGAAGAAAGGUAGAUGAGCUUGUUUGUUAAGCUCGCAUCCCUCUUAAAUGAGCAGCCAUUGCCCAGGCAUGUUGAUUUCAACGGGAAUUCUAUCACAACCCUAGACCUGCCCCGCAGAAUUCAAUAAGACUGACUCUCAGGUAAGGGUGCAUAGGAUCGCCAACCCUCUCAGCGUACCGAGUGUUGCAAGAGAAUUCUGAAUUCUAAGAACUGACAUUUCUGUGUUCUAGAAUGGGAUCUUAGCGUGGUCUGUAUUGUUUUCUCCAUGCCAAAUAGCCACAUUGGAUUCACCUUAUAAUCGCGUAGCCCCAGUUCAGAAGGCUUUCCUUGAUUAGAAAAAGAGAUGGGAGGGGAGAGGAGAAGAGAGAUGGAUGUGUCUAAAUAAUAGGACGAGGGGCACAUAUUUAAUGUAGUGGAUCAUGGAAGUCACCGCAGUUUGGCAGUUUCUUUUGUGCUUUCUUUCCACCAAAGUAAGCAAGCAGGCCUAUUUGGAAGACAGUCCUUAGACGAUCAGUAGGGCUUACUUUGGGGCAUUUAGGAUCGGGGUCUUAGAAGGUUGUGUUCUUUUGUGUUGGGUCCUGGAGCCCCUUCUUUGUUCUCUCUCUCUCUCCUCUCUCUUUUUAGUUGAGUCUACUUCUCAGACUCUUACGGGGGCUCCCCUUGAAUAUCUGCCCGUCCGUGAUAUUAAAGAUGGAUAUUCCUGCAUUCACCGCGCGUCAUUGUCUAUGACAAAAAGCGCCCAGUUCAUACAUAGUGGAGACUUCUUCUUUUCUGACGCCUUCACGUUGAGAGGCUGAAAAGAUAUUUUACUGAAGUUCGGGCUAAAUUGUAGAAACAGGUUCAUCCAGAGGACACGUUUCCCCCCCCCCCCUUCGAUUCGCCGUAUUUCAGCCGGGAGGAAUGACCUCUGAACCCUUAACCUCUUGGACCUGGAGUUCCCCUUCCUUUUCUGCUGGCACCGAAAAAAGUACCAAGAGAAAAACAGGGCUUGUUGUCAAGACCUGGCCUCGAAUUUGGAGAUCUAAACCCUAAAAUCAUUUUUAUUUUUUAAAGGGGGGGAGCAUCAUCCUUAAUCCUGGAUUUUCACUGUGCUCAGAUUUCAUCGAGUCCCUUUCGAAAUCCUCCUCUCUACAGAAGCUCUAGGUUAGAUUGAUUUAAGAACAGGGAAACCAACCAUUGUUUACAUAUGGCCUGUGUUGAGUCGUUUUGUCCCAUGGAAGCGUGUUGUUUGGGAAAGAGAAGUCCACAACCCUAGCUUCCUUACAGUCUAGAGCCCAAGGCAAGCCCGCCUGAGCUUCGCUGGGCUUAGGAAACGUCUGAUCCCAGGGCACGUUGAUUCGGAAGUAAGUCCUGCGUUCAGUGGGGUAUUCUCUAGUAACCGCGCAGAGUAAUAUCCUAGAAAAGUAAGUAAGGUUGUUGUUGGUGGGGAUAUUCUGGGAAAGGGGAGUGAAGGAGAAAAUGGAUUUCCUUUGUGUGUCUACUACGCGUCUCUCCAUCCUGAACACGUUUCACUGGGAAGUUCUGGUCCAUCGACUUUAUUGGCCUGGUCUUUUUCCUUAAACGUGCUCGGGAUUGCGUUCGCGAAUCCUUUGUAUAUUUACUCAGAAGUAGGUGCCACUGGUUUCAGUGGGGCUCAAUCUAUGGCAAAUAUGGUCACGCUGCCGCUCAAGGUUGGUUUAGGAAAAGGGACAAGGCAGCAAUGCUCCACUGCUUGCAAGGAAACAAUCCCUAUUAAACCCAGUGGAACUUGCUUCCGAGUAAACAAGUUUCCAGUGGGGCUGUCAGUAGGACAAAUUUGGCUUCACAAUGUAGCUCAUCCAUCCCCAACCCAAAUGACGUGAACUGAAGAACGUGUGAAGAAGAAAGGGUUGGGGGCAGAACUCGGCCAAAGUCCUUUUGUAAUGUAAAUGUCCUCUGGACAAAUGUUUGGGUCAAACUCUUAAAGUUGUGUUAGGGAAAAAAAAUCCCCUUUGAGCUCUUUCUUCUUCUUCUUGAAGUCUUAAAUCUUGGUCGCAGUGAUGUUGGUGCACUCUUGAAAAAGAAUGAUGGAAGUGGGAGAGCAUCAAAGGGUUUCUGCUUGAUGUAAACAUUUGGCCAAAAAUGAUUUUAAAAGAAAACUACGCACACAACCUCACCAUCCCAUUCAUUUCCUACAAACUAUUCUCACUUUUCUGGGGGUGAGUGGAGUUGUUGAUGAAAGUAAUUAUAAUAAUGGUACUUGUUUUUAACUAUGCAGAGAUCGUCCUGCUACCACACUGAAGAUUGUAGGGGAAUCUUUUCUUUUCCCAUUAGAGACACAAAGUUGUAUAUUAUUACCAUGACCUCUGUGAUUAAACUGUGCUGUCUCUACGACAGUUGUGACCCUGAGAUGUUUUCUAGACUUUGCCAAUGUUUUUUUUGCUGCCUCUGAUUAAAGAACUAUUUAUACAUAUUGUUUUCCGUCUAAGUCCUUUCUAAGCAUACAUGUUUGACACGCACACAUGGAAAUAAGUACUGGUAUUCUAUUGUACCUCGAUCAAAAAAGCUUUGAAUCGAUAACGACCCAAGAGCAGGCGUGAUAUCUUCUAAUAUGCUCCCUUGACAUGUUUGCCAUCUCAUAGUAGAACUCCACAAACAGUAACUAAUGAAGUAUGCAGGAAGAACCUAUCUUAACCUAUUCUGUAUUGAGAUGUAGGUAUCGCUGAUUUCAAUAGGGCUUAUUUCCAAGUAAGGGUGCAAAGGCUUGCUGCCUUACAUUGGAAAUCCAAUGAUGUUUAUAUUAAACCCAUUGGGGUCCACAGGCUUACUUUCAAGUAAGUUUGCAUAGGACCUUUUAUAGUUUAGCCCAAGCAUAUUGACUCAGAAGUAAAUUUCACUAAUCCCAGCUGCAGUUGCUUCCAAAUAAUUUUAUUUAGGGACACAUCAGAUUUGGAAUGAAACCUCACUGUUUUCAAUGGAGAUUAUGGCUGAUUCAUUGUGGAUAGGGAAGGGGGCCAGGUGUUUCAAAAGCUGUGGCAACCACCAUUUACAUUUAAAUGUAUUUUUUAAAAAUAUUUCUAUCCCGCCUUUCAGCAAGACUCCCAGGAUGGUUUACAAAAAUAGGAGAAAGGAAGGGGGAAAAUAAAAAUAUAUAAUAGGUGACAGCCUGUUAAAAUAGGCUGUGACUUUGCUUCCUUUCACUCUCUUUUGCUAAGCCUUUAAUAUUAUCAGAUAUAUUUGACAGUAUCCUACUUAUUUCAGUGGGACUUACUUCCAUGUUUUCUCCCUGAUCCCAAAAAACUUGUAAUUAAUUCCUUAAGUGCAAAUGCAGCUUGGGUGGCCUUUCUCAGACAGCAGGCCCUCCUCCAAUCUCAUAACAAGCUGAUAGGAAUUUUGAAAGCAUUUUGUGUGUGUUUGUAUGCAAACUCUCCCAACUUAAAAACAGCAAUUUCCCUCCAGCUCAACAAAGCACCUAGGUGAGAUUCAUUAAGCUCUUUGGAUCUGGUCCAGUGGGUUGAAGGUUAGAGUGCCAAUUACUGCUAAACCCUUUUUGUCAAUUCUUAGGGCAUCAAGACUCAGUUUGAAAACCCAUACCCACUUACUCUACUUCUGAGUAUAGUGGGUGGGUGGGUGGCUAUAUUCUCGGUAUUGAUACACUGUAAGGAACACAAGUAGCCUGCAAGGGUAGGCUAAUAUCAUUAUCCCAUGUCACAGAUGGGAGCCUGAGGAUGAAAGGUGACAGCAUCCCUACGGCCUCCUGGUGAGCUCAUGGCUGAUACAAGAUUUGAAUACUAUGGUACAUUGCUCUACACACCACAUCUUAUAUUUGAUUGGCAAAAGAUGCAAACACACACACUCCCUCAGACCUAAAAAGGUUGCCUUCCCUGCUCUCAGGUGAAUUGCUUCCCAUAAAUGCAAUCCUAUACAUGUCUUUUUAGUGGUAAGUUCCACUGGGUUCAUUUGUAAUUUCUCCCAGGUAACUGGGUAGUGUAUGUGUUAUAAGUAAUGGAUUUUAAUAGGUGUUUUUUCCAGCUGAGAAUCCAAUGCCUGCUUACUUGGGAGGUAUGUUUAACUGAACACCACUGAACUCACUUGCUUGAGAGUAAACACACACAGAAUUUGGAUAUUAGAAUUCCAGCAAAAUUAACUAAUAAGUGGAAUUUAUUCUCCAGGGUGUUUUUUUUUAGGACUGCAGUUUUAGACAAGAAUCCACAAAACUGAGAUGUAACCUACAUGUCACUGAAAAGUAUGGCAGAACUUGGCUUUAAUGGUUUUAAUGGGGCCCUAGUCUCACUCACUCAGGUGAUGAAUGGGGUAGUUCAAGAAUUAAUGUGGCUUAAUAAUGUGCUGGCAACACAGGAGUCACAAUCAAAAAUGAAGACCUUCAACACAUUGAUAUCAAUUACCUUCUGUUGUACUUAAGAGCACAAGAACAGCUGCUCAGACCAAAGCCCUACCUAGUCCAGCAUCCUGUUCUCACAGUGACCAACCAGAGGCUUAUGGGAAGCCCACUGAUAGGACCUAGUAGCAUCAGCAUUCUCCCCACUUGAGUUUCCCAGCAACUACCGGUAGUAUUCAGAGGCAUACCUGCUCUGACACCAAUGAUAGUACAGUACAUAGCACAUAGCCAUCUUGAUUAGUAGCCCCUGAUAGCCUUAUCCUACAUUAUUGUUGCUGUGUUAACCUGAUACUGUAGAAGGUAAGGUCAAUUGGACCCACCGUACUUGUUUCUGUGUGAUAGGUGGUAUUACUAUAUAGCAGGGUUUCCCAAACAUGGGUCUCCAGCUGCUUUUGGACUACAUCAUCCCUAGCUAGUAGGACCAGUGGUCAGGGAUGAUGGGAAUUGUAGUCCAAAACAGCUGGAGACCCAAGUUUGGGAAAGCCUGCUGUAUAUUAAUCAGAAUCAUUCUGUGGAGGAAUAACCAUCCAAACUUGAAGUCCAGACUCUGCCAGAUAGAAACAUCCCCCCUUUUGUUCCUAUGAACCUAUUAUCUUAUAUUCCUUAGGAAUCAAUCUGUAGACGACCUGAGCAUUCAAAAAGUUACUGUAGACUUCUGUCAUGAAAGGCUCCUCCUUUCUUCCGACAUAAACACCCCUGACAGCAAUAAAGCAUUUAUCUGUCUAGGAGGUCGAUGGCGCUAUUUUUAUCAAAUAUAUUUUGAUUUGUUCCCCCCCCCCCCCGCUCCUCCGCCUUCUCCUCCCUUUUACACAUGUUGGCUUGUUUUCUCUUGGAAGAGCAGCCAAAGCUGGAAUUCAAAACCACAUCACCCAGCCUGGAAGAAUAAAAACAAGGAACCCCCAUCCAUGUAUUGGAGCGAAGUAUGAUUUUUCCCCCCUUUAGACAGGAGAGACUGAUGAGGGAUUGUUGUGUGUUUGUUUGUCAGUGCACCGCCACAGCCACGAGUGGUAAGAUUCAGGACACAAAUUUACGCUGAAGGCUUCUCAGCUGCCUUAUACUCCUCCGGUUGCCAUCAAUUCCAGUUUGUAUAUUGCCUCGUCGCUAGUCCUUAUGGUGCGGAAGCGGGGCUGGGCUGGGGGCGGGGGGGAAGGCAGGAUCCAGAACCAAAUCCUCUCUACAGUAUAGUAAACAGGGACUUCUCAAUGGAGCGCCUCAAGUAGCUUCCAUCGGCCAUGUUUGCCAAAGCUCCCCCCGCCCCCGGAUUUCUUAUAUUUUCUUUCGUGCGUGUGUAUGUCAGGAAGAUGGUGGUAGUGGAGGAGGAGGAGGAGAGGGUUAAAUCUAACCAUGUAGACCCAAAUCAUCUUUUGCUAGGGAAGAGUCACAGCAGACAGCCUCUCAAAGUGCAAGGAAGAUGAUAAGAAUAGAUUUUUCUCCAAGUCCUGACCACGUGAUGGGCGAAAUAAUUAAUUCAGCGCGUCCCUUAAGAAACACGGAGUCGUCAUUAAUCUGCCAAGCAAAGGACUCUAUCAGACUUGAAAACUGAAGAGAUCCCAAGAAUAUAAUAUACAAAGGGGCGCAGGCUCUUUCUAUGCACACCUAGCUCUUUGGCUACAGCCGAAGGGGGGGAAAUUACCAAUAAUAAAAGAAAGAAAGAAAGAAAGCGGAGCUUGGUAGGUACACAUUUUCUUUCUUUCCUUUUAUAUUUCGAAAUCCUUAAUGAACUUAGCUGUCAAAUGUUUGACAAAUAGGGGCCCUUCUCCUCCUGAUUUGCAACUCUGCCCUAGUCAGAAGCUGUACUAGGAAAACUGGGGGGGGGAAGACACCCCAAUGUUUACCCUUUAUUAUGAGAUAUUCUGGUACUGAAUAAGGAACGGAUCUUUCUGUGUCCCACAGCACAGGAGAGAGAGAGAGAGAGAGAGAGAGAGAGAGAGAGAGAGAGAGAGAGAGAGAGAGAGAGAGAGAGAGAGAGAGAGAGAGAGAGAGAGAGAGAGAGAGAGAGAGAGAGAAGGGAGGUCUGGCCAAAAGCUGCUUGUGUGGGGAAAUGGGUGAAGAUUUACUGGUUGUUUAUAUCUUACUGGGAACAAUGAUAGCUGUCAGGGCAUCUGCUGCCCCAUUCUUGAAUGGUGAGAAAAGGCCCUGAUCUUCUUUUCAAGCGAGGGUCGUAAAUUUUUUUCUUCUUUGCGUCAUAAUAGAAGGCUAUAAAACGGAGUUGAAAUUUUACCCAAGGCAGACUUUAACCAAGAGAUAAUGAAUUCUAAGGGCACUCCACCGCCGCCACCCUCCCGACCCAGCUAGGCUAUAUACUAUGGUGCCGUCACACAAAGACGUGGGUGAUUUCAGAUGUUCUGUUUGGCAAUAUAUUUGUGGGGAGGGAUGGCGUUCUGGAACCAUUGGGGGGGUGGGAUACCUGAAGGUGGGGACAGUCCCACUGGAGUCGGCAUUGAGUAUUUUGUAGAAGACACCCAGACAGUCUGGAUUUUGUUUUGUUUUGGGUGGCGGGGGAAAGACUCGCUUUAGCAAAUGGGAAUUUUGAACUGCAGUGAGUGUGCCUGUCUAUGCAUUUGUAUGUGUACGGUACACAUAGAUAGAACUAUACAGUACACGCAAAUACAUAGGCACACAUACAUAUAUGGGUGUGUAUAUCACAAAGCCAAGAGCUAUCUUCCUAAGCCUUUGGCUGUUUGGAAAGGCUUUGUUUUGUUUCUGGCAAGCGGUGUGGUCUUUCUUACGCGUUACUUGGAGAGCUUGUAUAAUAAUAAUAAUAAUAAUAAUAAUAAUAAUAAUAAUAAUAAUAAUUCAGAUUUUUUAUUACUUCCGCUGUGUGUCAGGACAAAGACAGAGUUUCCUGCGUUAUUAAUUAUACAUUCAAACAAUAACACAUUAAUUCAAUUAUUCAAAUAUGACAAAUGCUUUUGGUUUGGGAUAGUGACUUAAGAAUCAGAUUUGCUCUUUCCGAAUUCGUCCAGGCGCGCGCGCGCACGCACACACACACACACGAGCAAAGUUUAUAUAUAUCUUUCUGGUUUGUCCCAGAAAGAAUCUCAUACUACACAAGAGACAGAACAAGAGACACAGACAGAGAGGGAAAGAGGCAAAGAAACUCCGAACCUAAACGGAAAAGGCCCUUUAAUGAUAACGCUGAUUCCUGCGUAUCGCCCCGUAUAUUUUAUCAGUUUGACAAUUGCCGGGUUUAUUGUUAUAAAUCAUCGUAAGUAAUUCCUGGAAGGGUGCGAUGCUGAUCGCCUGCGUUUGUGUGUGUGUGAUGGAGGGGUGGUACGACGUGGAAGGGGGAGAAAGAGAAAGGAGGAGGCCUAGCAAGGACUGUAAAUCUUUCCAUUUUAUUGCUCUAUGAACAUAUGCUUGGACUGAAAAAGCCUUAGAUCCUUUACCGAGGCGCAUCUCGGCCAAACUGGGAGUCCCCCUCACCUCCCGCCCUCUCGGUGAGCUUCACACUUGGCUUGCAGCGUUUUCAGCCUUAAUUUCGUAGGGUUGUUGCCUGCUUGUUUGUUUUAGCCGCAUAAUUUAUAGGUGGCCCUUCUGGAAGGUGCGAUCUCCCCACCCCCCACCCCACCCCCGAAUAUAUUUAGAAGUUGCUUCUCCCGCUUCUUCUUCAGCAUCCUUAUUCCUUUUAUAUCUGCUUGAUUUUGUUAGUAUGUGUUUCUCAGGUUAAAUUAUUUUUGGAACCAGCUUUUAUUUCCGACGCCGACCUGUUUUACAGCUAGGCUAAGAGACAUCUGACAGGAAAGAGUAGAGCGCUCCCAAUUCAGCUCAUAUGCUUCGUUCCCAUUGGAACCAUCGGAGGCAAUGGGAUGCAAUCCUGAGUACCUGGGAUUUACCUGGAAUUAUGUCUCACGUUCAGGAGCUUACUCCCCUGUAAGCAUGCAUGUAGUCAGACUCCAUAAAUGCAAAAAACGCGGCUGGAUCCUGCGCCCGCAGGUUUUAAGUGACAGCAGAUUCUCGAGUAUGAGUUUAUGCCUGAGCUUUGAUAACAGGACUACAAUUUAUCUCCUCUUCCACCACCCACCCACCCCCACCCCGUGUGUGUGUGUGUGUGUGUGUGUGUGUGUGUGUGUGUUU